CAGAGCGGCGAGCCCGGCUGCCGCGUCCGCGCCAACACUGGGGAGCAGCCCCGGGGAGCGGCGCGGCGGAGCGCGCCCCUGAACCACAGGAGCACGUGUGCCCGGGAGAAUGGCGCUGACACCAGCCCCGCAAAGCCAGACUCUGCAGCGGGAACGUGGGCCGCCGCGGAGCUCGUCGAGGUCCCCGAAGCCGCCAGGCCCGACGCGCUCCGGAGACAGCCCCUAACCCGCACGCACACCUGCCGCGGAAACGCCGGCCGCCGGAAACAGGAGCCGGAAGUGCCCCGGAGGGCGGGCCUUCCCGCGAAAACCGCCGGCCGGAACUGCCACGAGGUCCCGCCCACCGGCGGAAGUGUGGGUUGCCGGGCAACCGAAGUGGGCGCCUUCGGCUGGCUCAGGGCUCCCUGGAGCAAGCCGAGCCUAGCUCCCACCUCUUGUCCCGGCAACCUCCCGCCCCGCCCGCCGUCCUUCUUGCCGCCUCUUCUAGCGUCGCGGAAUCCUUGCCCUUGGCACCACGGACACGUCUCCGGCUCCCACCACCACGUCGCGCCCACCUGCUUGAAAGCCAGUUUCCAGCCGAAGCGGAGCGACCCGGCCCCCCGCGUGGCGUCCAGGCUCUCGGGCCGCACCUCCCCCGCCAUGGGCACCUACACCUACACCAGCCGGCCCCGGGCCCUGCCCUGCCAGCGCCGCCGCUACAGGGACAGCCUGACGCAGCCAGCUGAAGAACCUAUACAUUAUGGAAACAUAAUGUAUGACAGAAGGGUGAUCCGAGGCAAUACUUAUGCUGUACAGACAGGACCAUUGCCUGGGCAGCCUGAUCCUAUAGAGAUUCAGAGACAGCAGCAGGCUAAGAGGAGGGCUCUUGCAAGAAAACGAGCCCAAGAACAGCUCAGACCACGAACCCCCGAACCUGUGGAAGGCAGAAAGCAUGUGGAUGUGCAAACAGAAAUAUACCUUGAAGAAAUUGCUGACCGCAUAAUAGAAGUUGAUAUGGAAUGCCAAACAGAUGCAUUUUUGGAUAGACCACCAACACCACUCUUUAUUCCUGCCAAAACUGGCAAAGAUGUGGCCACCCAAAUACUAGAAGGAGAGCUCUUUGACUUUGAUCUGGAAGUAAAACCAAUGUUAGAAGUUCUGGUGGGGAAGACCAUUGAGCAGUCUCUUCUGGAAGUAAUGGAAGAAGAAGAGUUGGCUAACCUGAGGGCCACUCAGUAUGCAUAUGAAGAGUUACGCAAUGUUGAACUAGCUGAAGUUCAGCGACUUGAAGAGCAAGAGAGACGACACAGAGAAGAAAAAGAGCGUCGGAAGCAACAGCAGUGGGAGGUGGUGUACAAGCACAACGAGACCUCGCAGAAGGUUGCGGCUCGGGUGUUCGCACAGCGUUACCUGGCAGACCUCCUCCCGUCCGUGUUUGGCAGUCUCAGGGACGGUGGCUACUUCUUUGAUCCCAUCGAACGAGAUAUUGAGAUAGGAUUCCUUCCAUGGCUAAUGAAUGAAGUUGACAAAACCAUGGAAUACAAUAUGGUGGGAAGAACAGUGCUUGACAUGUUGAUUCGUGAGGUGGUCGAGAAGAGACUGGCUAUGUAUGAGCAUAAGGAGGACCAGCCUCCAUUUGUGCAGUCUGAGGAUGGGUUCAGUGGCCCCAGAGCAAUGAGAGAAUCCCUGAUGGGUGAUGAAUUCCAUGAACAAAGUGCAUCACAGUCACAGAGGGUACUUCAGGCCAGAGACUCCCUGCAAAGAACACCAAGCAACAGAAGGUAUAUGGAGAAUGUGUCAUCCCAAGAAAGGAAGCUUACGGAAGAAGAAGAUGAUGAACAAACAGAAAGGAAUAUCUCAGGGAGAGAACUAUUAUAACUAAGGGGAACUCUCGAGCCACGACCACUCAGCGGCCAGGCAGCAGUGCCAGCAAUCAGGUAACGAUGUGUAGGUCCCCUCAGCCCAUGGAAAUUAUGUUGUAUUUACCCAACAUGUUUUUUUGUCUAAUGGACUGGGCAAAUCAAAUAUGUUGAAAUAAUAAAACUAAUUAAAAUUAAAAUUCAUUUAU